UAAAUCUGCUGACUCUCCCUGCCCCUUGUGGAAAUGAAAUAAAUAAUAAAAGAUGCGCCUCUCUGCUGAGUCAUGCGUUGUGCCUCACAAAAAUGACAUCUCUAGCCUGGACCGUCCACUUUGACCCUGUGCGUUUUGCAGUGUGAUGCUCCACGUAUGCCAGCGAACGUCCUCAGCCGCAUCCCGAGCUCUGAGUGGCGGAAAGGCGCACAGGAGAGGAGGCAACUGUCUGGAGCAGAAGGAGCUGUCCUAUAUUUCGCCUUAUGAUGAUCGCUGCGGCGUUUUUGGUCCUGCUAAGGCCAUACAGUAUUCAGUGUGUGCUGUUGCUUCUGCUGCUUUUGCUCGGGACUAUUGCGACGAUUUUAUUUUUCUGCUGCUGGCAUCGCAGGCUCCGAAAUGGGAAGCAUCCUAUGAAAUCUGUGCUCUCCGGUGGACGCUCCAGGAGUCGCGUUGGUCUCCGAACGCAUCAUUUUCGAUCGGAGGGUUUCAGACACAGUCCACGUCACUUAAGAAGGACCGUGCAUGCCCGAGUGACGGAAGAAAAGCCCAGUCUGGUCGAGGUUCCAGAGAGUGAACCCGAUGUGUCCUCGACUGUGAGAAAACGUAAAGUCAAGAAGAGACUCCCGCCAGAGUUUUACCAAUCUGUGCAAGUCACUCCCACUAGAAAAGCUAGCUCUAGUUCGGGAAACCCUUCCCUGCACUGUUCCAUGUCUUCCUCGGCAGACAUCUCGGACGAGGAUGACUACAGCAGCGUCAAAUCCGGAUCGGCGUCGCCGGCUCCCGGCGACACUUUGCCCUGGAACCUGCCGAGACACGAGCGGUCCAAGAGGAAGAUCCAGGGAGGAUCCGUACUGGAUCCAGCGGAGAGAGCUGUGCUCAGGAUCGCAGAUGAAAGAGACCGAGUGCAGAAAAAGACCUUUACAAAAUGGAUAAAUCAGCAUCUAUUCAAGGUACGAAAGCACAUAAAUGACCUAUAUGAAGACUUACGAGAUGGACAUAACCUGAUCUCACUGUUGGAGGUUUUGUCUGGAGACACACUGCAAAGGGAGCGUGAUUUUCUGAAGACGUUGCGGUUGGUGAGUGGGAGAGAAGCAUGUACGGUUGAGCAGCAUGGAGACACGGUGGAUGAUGAUGAUGAUGAUGAUGAUAAGGGGCCUCGGGAGAGAGGAAGGAUGCGCUUCCACAGACUCCAAAAUGUACAAAUAGCUCUGGAUUAUUUAAAGAGGCGACAGGUCAAACUUGUAAAUAUCAGGAACGAUGACAUCACUGACGGAAAUCCAAAGCUGACCCUGGGAUUGAUCUGGACCAUCAUUUUGCACUUUCAGAUCUCGGAUAUCCACGUCACAGGGGAGUCCGAGGAUAUGACAGCCAAGGAGAGACUACUGCUCUGGUCUAAACAAAUAACAGAUGGCUAUGUAGGCGUACGAUGUGACAACUUCACCACUUCCUGGAGGGAUGGGAGGCUGUUUAAUGCCAUCAUUCACAAAUACAGGCCAGAUCUGGUUGACAUGAGCCGGGUGUCGACGCAGACCAACCGCUCCAAUCUGGAGCAGGCCUUUACCGUAGCUGAACAGUUGGGGGUGGCCAAGCUGCUCGACCCUGAGGACGUUGAUGUUCAGUCACCGGAUGAGAAGUCUGUGAUUACAUACGUCUCAACUCUGUAUGACGCCUUCCCCAAAGUACCAGACGGUGUUGAUGGAAUAAGUCCUAAUGAUGUUGACAUCAAAUGGGUGGAGUACCAGAACAUGAUCAAAUACCUCAGUCAGUGGAUAAAACAUAAUGUGGCCGUUAUGUCAGAUAGAUCUUUCCCCAACAAUCCUGUGGAACUCAAGGCACUUUAUACGCAGUAUCUGCAGUUCAAAGAACAUGAAAUACCACUAAAAGAAAAUGAGAAAACAAAAAUCCAAAAUCUCUACAAAAUGCUAGAGAUGUGGAUCGAGUUUGGACGUAUUCAGUUACCCCCGAGCCAUCAUCCGAAUGAUGUGGAGAAGGAAUGGGGUAAAUUAAUUGUUGCUAUGCUGGAGAGAGAAAAGAGCCUGCGGCCAGAACUGGAAAGGCUUGAGAUGUUGCAGCAGAUUGCCAACAGAGUCCAGCGAGACUGUGUUAAUGGAGAAGACAAGCUGGCACUGGCGAGAUCAGCUCUGCAGUCUGAUACAAAACGUCUCGAGUCAGGAAUUCAGUUCAUGAACGAGGCUGAGGUCGCAGGCUAUCUGCUGGAGUGUGAGAAUAUCCUCAGACAACAAGUGGUGGACAUCCAGAUUCUCCUGGAUGGGAAAUUCCCGUUUGCGGAUCAGCUUGUUCAGAGGGUCUCCAGACUCCGUGACGAUCUCUUGGCCCUCAGAGCCGAGUGCUCCACUGUGUACAGCAAAGGUCGCACCCUGACGACAGAGCAAACCAAGCGCAUGAUCUCCGGCAUCACGCAGAGCCUGAACGCCGGCUUUCCACAGAGCAUUAACUCCAGCUUCACAUCAGACAUUACUCCUUCUCUCACAUCAGGGGGUUUGGGUACCCCCGGAUCCAUGUUCUCCGGCCUCACCCCGAGCCUCAACUCGUCGCUGAGCUCACCUUUGACCCCUUCCCUGACACCAAAUCUGCCGCCGGCUUCCGUCCCGAGCUACAUGGGAAGCGGGGGCGGCAUGGAGCCUGGUAACCUCAUGCAUCUGAAGCACAUGCAGAUCAGGAAGCCGCUGAUGAAGUCGUCGCUGGUGGACCCCAGCAUGACGGAGGAGGAGGUCAACCUGAAAUAUGUGCAGGACCUCCUGAACUGGGUGGAGGAGAUGCAUUUGCAGUUGGAGCGCUCAGAGUGGGGAACCGAUUUGCCCAGUGUGGAAAUGCAUUUGGACAACCACAAGAGCGUGCACAGAGCCAUUGAAGAAUUUCAAAUGAGUCUCAAAGACGCUCGACUGAGUGAAAUUCAGAUGAACAUGCCAGUAAAGCUGACCUAUUCAGACAAACUGAACAAACUCGAAAAGCAGUACGAACAGCUGUUGAGCUCUUCGAGGGAUCGGCAGAGCCACCUGGAGAGCCUUCACGACUUUGUGUCGCAGGCGACUCAGGAGCUCAUCUGGCUGAACGAGAAAGAGGAAGAGGAGGUCGCCUUCGACUGGAGCGAUCGCAACAGCAACAUCUCGCAGAAAAGAGACUACCAUGCUGACCUGAUGAGGGAACUGGAUGAAAAAGAGGACACCAUUAAGUCUGUGCAGGACAAGGCAGAGCGCCUCAUGCUGAAGAACCACCCAGCCAGACUAACCAUUGAAGCAUAUAAAGCUGCAAUGCAGACACAGUGGAGUUGGAUUUUGCAGCUCUGCUCUUGCGUCGAACAGCAUCUAAAGGGAAAUGCUGUAUAUUUUGAGUUUUUCAGUGAUGCCAAAGUGUCCAUGGACUACCUUAAGAACCUAAAAGAUUCAAUUCAGAGAAAAUACAGCUGUGAUCGAUCGAGCAGCCUGCACCGGCUGGAGGACCUGAUUCAGGAGUCCAUGGAUGAGAAAGAGCAGCUUCUUCAGUACCGUAGCACUGUCGCCGGGUUAGUGGGCAGGGCCAAAAACAUUGUGCAACUCCGGCCGAGAAACCCUGAAAUUCCCUUGAGGUCCUCCAUUCCUGUCAGAGCGAUAUGUGAUUAUCGUCAGAUAGAGAUUACCAUUGAUAAAGAUGACGAGUGUGUUUUGGUGAGCAACUCUCACCGAGCCAAGUGGAAAGUCAUCAACCCAGCAGGGAAUGAGGCCAUGGUUCCCUCUGUUUGCUUCACCGUGCCUCCACCCAACAAAGAGGCUGUUGACUUGGUAGCGAGAACUGAACAGUUAUACCAAAAUGUCCUAACUCUGUGGCACCGCUCCCACGUCAACAUGAAGAGCGUUGUGUCCUGGCAUUACCUAAUGGCUGACAUACGCGCCAUCCGCAACUGGAACGUAGCCUCGAUAAAGACGAUGUUGCCUGGUGAGCAUCAGCAGGUCCUGAGCAGCCUCCAGUCCCACUUCGAUGAGUUCCUGGAGGACAGCAAGGAGUCAGAGGUGUUUACAGUGGCAGACUGUGCACAGCUGGAGAGAGACGUGGCAGCCUGUAAGGAGUACUACCAGGAACUGCUCAGAUCCGCAGAGAGAGAAGAACACGAGGAGUCUGUGUACAAUCACUACAUCUCAGAAAUCCGCAACAUCCGUAUGCACCUGGAAUCCCACGAGGAACACCUAAUCAGGCAAAUCCGAUCACCGCUGGAGAGGGAUGACCUGGAGCAGAGUCUGCAGCGCAUCACUGAACACGAGAGGAAGAUGUCUGAGCUGGAGAGGCUGAAGGGCGAUCUGGAUGUCAUGAGGGAGAAGUGCGAGCAGUUCUUCAGACAGGCUGCAGGCUCUCCGUCUGUGUCCACGCUUUCCUCUGAACUUUCUGUCCUCGUUCAGAGCAUGAGCCAAGUGUACUCCAUGUCCUCUAUUUAUAUGGACAAGCUGAAAACGGUGAGUUUGGUGGUGAAGCACAGUCAAAGCGCAGAGUCUCUCGUUAAAGCCUACGAGUCCAAACUAUAUGAAGAGGAUGCCGUCAACUCGGAUGUCAAAUCCAUCGAAAGUGUGAUUUCUACACUUAAGCAAUGGCGGACGGAGAUCGACGAGAGGCAGGAAGUAUUCCAUGACAUGGAAGAUGAGCUGCAGAAAGCUCGCGUCAUCAGCGAUCGCAUGUUUAAAGCCCAUAACGAGCGAGACUUUGACCUGGACUGGCACAAGGAAAGGGCGGAUCAGCUGAGUGAAAGAUGGCAGAACAUUCACUCCCAGAUUGAUAGCAGGCUGCGGGACCUCGAUGGUAUCAGCAAGUCUCUGAAGCACUACAGAGACUCCUACAGCAGUGUGGAUCAGUGGAUCUCAGAACUGGAAACGGCACAGCUGAAAGCCCAAGAAAACAAACCUGAUGAUAGCAAGGCUCUUGCUGAGAUAUUAAACAAACAGAAGGUUCUUGUUGCUGAAAUGGAACAAAAGCAAAACAGAAUCGAUGAGUGUCAGAAGUAUUCGGAGCAGUACUCGUCUGCUGUUAAGGAUUAUGAGCUGCAGCUAAUGACAUUCAGAGCGAUGGUUGACUCCCAACACAAGUCCCCUCUUAAAAAGCGGAAGAUACAGAGCUCCUCUGAUGCCAUUCAGCAGGAGUUCAUGGACCUCCGAACCCGCUACACUGCUCUUGUGACUCUUAUGACCCAGUAUGUGAAGUUUGCCAGUGAAACACUGAAAAGAGCCGAAGACGAGGAGAGGUCUGUUGAUGAGGAGAAGCGAGAGCAUGGUGAUAAAGUUAGCAAACUGUUGCACUGGAUGUCCGAUGUGAAGCGGACCGUGAACAAUGACGGGAAUGGUCCGAAAGAUAGUAAUGCCAACACAGAUGCCUCAAAUAAACACCAGGUUUCAGUUGAAGAAAUGGCCUCCAAAAAGGAGCAAAUUGCAGAAGCAGUCAGGGCCACACAAACAAUGCUGAACAAACAUGGUGACAAGAUGUCAGAGGAGGACAGGAUGGAGACCCAGGAGCAGCUGAAUGCUCUCACUCAGGCCUACAGUGAAAUCUCUCAGCAGUGUUCAGAUCAAACGGCCUCUGCAGAAGAGACUUUACUGGAGAAGCACAAGGAGUUCACCGAAAAGCUAGAGGAAGUGUGUGAUAAUCUCACUCUGACUGAAAACCGACUGAUUGGUCAUCAGCAGCAGGCUGAUAAUGCCGAGAGCGUCACUGAUCUUCAACAGUACCAGCAUGAGCAUCAGGCUCUGCAGAAAGACGUGUUGACGAAUGCCAGCGCUUUAAAUGAAGUGAUCAUCAGCACUAAGAAGUUUCUGGAGGAAAACCGCAGCAAGCUGACACCUGACAAGAUUGCGAAAAUCGAGAGAAAGUUGGAGGAGGCCAAAAGCAAAGCUGAGCUUAUGAACGAGCGAGCGGAGGAGUCCCGGAAGGAUUUGGAAAAAGUUGUAACGACAGCCAUAAAACAGGAAAGCGAAAAGGCAGCAGCUGUUGAACGGCUUGAAGAGAGUAAAAGCAAAAUUGAAGGUCUUCUGGACUGGAUAUCCAACAUUGGGAAUGAAAACAUGAGGAGUCUGAAUCAGACGGACCAUAUAAGUAAAGAGAACGGGAACUUGCCAGAGGAGACUUCGGCCAAAGGACUGAUAGAGGAUGACGAUGCCAAUGGAAAUGCUUUGCAGACUUCUGAAAAGGAUUUUGGCAGUGACUCCAAAGAGAACGCUGCAUCCCUGGACCUUGAUAAACAGUACGACCGGGUCAAGGCCCACCAUCAGGAAAUUCUGUCCCAGCAACAGGAUCUGAUCAUGGCCACACGGUCCGCUCAGGCCUUACUCGACAAACAAGCCAAUAUGUUGUCUCCUGAGGAGAAGGAGAGGCUGCAGAGAAACAUCCAAGACCUGAAGGAGCGCUACGAGGCCUCACUGACUCAGGCUGAACAGCAGAUGAAGCAGGUGCAGUCAGUCCAGGAGGAGGUGAAGAAGUUUGAGGAUGACUGUGAAGAGUUUGAAGACUGGUUGAAGCAGGCAGAAGGAGAGAUUGAAUCGCUGGGAGCUCCUGAAGGCUCCCUUAACAUCCUGAGUGAUAAACUUCAGAAACAGAAAAUGUUCUCGGAGGAUGUCAUUUCGCACAAGGGAGACCUUCGCUUCAUCACGAUGUCAGGACAGAAGGUGUUGGAUGUGGCUAAAACCUGCGGAUUGGCUGAUGUUGCGUCUAAGAACGCUUUACUGCACGUGGACACUUCAGGGACCUGCACGGCUGUCAAGGAUAAACUGGAUUCAGCAGCCAGUCGGUACAAAACGCUGCAUUCUCAGUGCAACCUGCUUGGCAACAACCUCAGGGAAGUGGUUGACAAGUACAAAAAGUACGAUGACUCAAGUACGGGUCUACUAAAGUGGCUCAACAACUCAGAGGAAGAGGCGAGAAAGCAGCAGUCAGAUGCCAUUGCAGCUGACCCACAAACACUGCAGAAACAGCUGGAGGAGACCAAGGCUUUACAGGGUCAGACGAUGGGACACCAGACGGCCGUCGACAUGUUGCGUAAAACAGCCGAGUCAUUAGUGACAUCAGAAGGAAACCUCCUGAGCAACCCGGAUGAGAUACAGGAGACAGUCGAAGACAUUGUGGAGCGCUACGACAACCUUUCCAAAUCUGUGAGUGACCGAAACGAGAAACUUCAAAUCACCCUGACCCGAUCUAUGAGUGUGCAGGAUGGCUUGGAUGAGAUGAUUGGGUGGAUGGAGGGAGUGGAGGCAAGUGUGAAGGAGGAAGAUAAAAUACCUUUGGAUUCUACGUCUCUCGGGGACAUGCUCAGUAGAGAAGCAGCAUUAGAGCAGGACAUAGCGAGUCGCCAGAGCAGCAUCUCAGCCAUCAAAGCCAAAGUCAAGAAGUUUGUGGAAACGGCCGAUCCCUCCACUGCUGAGCUCCUGCAGUCAAAGAUGGACGCUCUCUCGCAGCGCUUUUCUGAUGCGUGUGACAGGCAUAAGCAGAAAGUUUCCCAACUGGAGCAGCUGAAAGAAAAGGUGGAAGAGUUUGAAAAAGUCACCGAUAAGGUCCAGCAGUUUGUCACGAAGCGGUCACAAGAACUGCAUGAAACAGACGGACCUGGAAAAACCUUUGGUGAACUGUCUCAGCAAAUGCAGAGCACUAAGGCGGAGAUGGCUGAAUAUGCCAGUGACAUGGAGAAGCUGCAGACUCUGUGCAGAGAGUUGUGUGAAAUAAGCCCAGAUGGAAGCAAAGCUCAACUUCAGAGCAAGAUUGAAAAUGUCUCAAAUAUUUUUAGCACCUUCAAGAACACAGUGAACGAAAAGGAAGAAGAGCUAUCGUCCUGUCAGGAUCAGCUGGGAGAGUUCAGGUCUGCAGUCUGCAUGCUCACCAAAUGGCUGGAAGAAACCAAUGACAAAGUGCCUGCCACUCAGCCAAGUAGCAGUGAGAAAAAACUGGAGAAAGACCUGCAGAUAGUCACUGAGCUGCUUGAUGAAUGGAAAACCAAAGACUCAGCACUCAAAGACCUGAAUAGUAAAGGGUCGGCGCUGUGCAGCCUGAUCACUUCGCUCACGUCCCCUGCCAAGACAAAGACCCCCAACAAGUCCGCUCUAACAAAUGGUGGUGGUCCAGCAGGCCAUACCUACCUAACCCAUAAAGAACUGAUGGGAAUCCAGCAGAACAUGUCGUUCGUCAGUGAGGGAUACACAAACCUUGGAGAAACACUGAAAAGCCGCGUGGAGCAGCUAAGUAGUGCGCUACAGGAGGUGAAAGAGGCCCAAAAGGGAACAGAGGAGAUGAUGACAUGGCUGAAGGACAUGAAAAAGACGACAUCAUCCUGGAACACUGCAGCAUCUGAGAAGGAUUCUGUGGAGACGAAGCUCGAAACACAGAAGACAUUUGAAGAUGCCAUGAAGCAGAAGCAAGAGCAGCUCCAGAAACUAAGACAGAGGCUUCAGGGCCUCAUCUCAGCUAAUCCAAGCUCUCCUGAAGCAGAAAAAUGGAAGAAGAUGCUUACAGAAAUAGAUGCUGCAUGGACGGAAAUCAGUGGCUCGGUGGAAGAGAGGAAGCAGAACCUGGAAGAGUCCAACAAGAAUCUAGAAAUCUUCCAGACCACUGAGCUGCAGCUCAACCAGUGGCUCUCGGAGAAGGAGCUGAUGAUGGGUGUUCUUGGACCUCUCUCUAUUGACCCCAACAUGCUUAAAAUGCAGAAGCAACAAGUGCAGAUUCUGCAGAAUGAGUUCAAGAGCCGUAAAGCUCAACACGAGCGACUUGAAGAAGCAGCCUCUGUCAUCCUCAGCUCAGCAGGCAACCAGGAUCCCUCAAGUGGAAAACUGGUGAGGGAAAAACUUGCCUCCAUCUCCCAAAAAUGGCAGGGCCUCACUGGACAGCUGGACCAGCGGGACAGCCUCAUCGACCAAGCGGUGGUGAAGACGGGGCAGUUUCAGGAGCUGUUGAGGAGCCUCAGCAACACGACCACUCAGCUGGAGAAUCAGCUGACCAAUCAUCACAGCAGCAGCACCCAGCCGGACGCCGUGAAGAAGCAGCUGGAAGACGUCCAAAACAUCUCGGCUCAGCUGAGGGAGGAGAGGAAGAAGCUGAAACAAGCUGAGGCCAUCAAUACGGAGCUCUCAGCGUUGGUGACUGAAGACUAUCUCAAAGCUGACCUGGUUAGGCAACUGGAGAGCGUCAACAAGCCAUUUAAACAGCUGGAGGACAAAGCAGCUAAACGGAUUGAGCAGCUGAACUUGACCUUCGCAAGCUCUCAGCAGUUCCAUCAAACCUCCAAAGACUUCCAAUCUUGGCUGGCCGAGAAGCUCCAGGACCAGUAUGCAUCUCUGCCCAUAUCUGCCAAAGUGGGUGUCCUGCAACAAGCUUUGGAGGAGCACACGAAGCACCAGACAUCUCUCAGGGAACACGAAGAAGCUUACAAUGCAAUCAGAGGAAAAGGGGAGACGUUGCUGCAGAGUACUGAUGGUGUGGAAAAGCUGGCGCUACAAGGACAGCUGACUACUUUAUCUUCCAACUGGGAGGCAGUGAAGAAAAGCUCCACAGAGCAGGCUGACAAAUUGAAAGCCGCCCUGCUGAGAUCUCAGAAGUUUCAGGAGAGUGCAGAGAAGCUGAGUUCCUGGAUUCAGGACUGUGCAGCCAGUGAGGGUCGUAUCACGCUCACUGUGGACCCCGCUGCCGUCGAGGGCUCCAUUUCUCAGGUUAAAGCUCUCCAGAAGGACGUUGACAAGCACAGAGGAUUGGUGGAGCAGCUCAACACAAGUGCCGAAAGCCUUCUGGAGGUUGCCAACACAGACACUGAAGCUAUAACAGAGGAGAAAGACAGUAUUGGUGCAAGACUAGACAAAUUGGUGGAAGGACUCCAGGUCAAAAGAGAACACUUGGAGAAAAUCUCACACACUGUUAAAGAAUUUAAUGAUGCCUACAAGGAGGCACAAAGUCAACUCGAAGGAGCUAAGAAUCAGGUUGAUUCAUUUCAAUCAAAAGGGGUUCAGGCACACAGCAACAAAAGCCUUACAAACUUAAAAGCCCAACAUAAGAGUUUAGAGGCAGUGCAGAACCAAGUGGAGCACAUGAAGACCUUGGCAAAGGACCUUGUAGUAGAUGUCCCUGAUGCUGAAGGAGUGACUGAUCUCCUGCUCCAGACCGAUAGCGUAGAAAAGGACUACAGCAAUCUGAACACAAAACUGGAGGAAGCAUGCCAAGAGCUGGAGAGUAAACUGCAGGGUAUUGGACAGUUCCAAAACAGCAUUCGUGAGAUGUUUACCCGUUUCACUGAACUGGACGACGAGCUCGACAACAUGUCUCCAGUGGAUUUAGACCUGGCCACCCUUAAAGAGCAACAGCAGAGCAUUCAGAAUUUUGCAGCGAAGCUGCAGGAGCUGAUGGCCAACACAUCAAACGCUGGAGACAGUUGUAAGAAAAUGCUGAAUGAAUCUGAAUCUUCGCCGGACCUGUUGGGCCUGAAGCGGGACCUGGACGCUUUGAGCAAACAGUGCAGCAAACUCAUGGACCGAUCCAAGGCGAGAGAAGUCCAGGUGCAAAGUACUCUUGCCAAGCUGGAGGAACUGUAUGAUAAAGUGCAUCACGUGGAAGAUAAACUGCUCAGAGCUGUGGCCAGGGAGGCUUCCCAGGAGGCGGUCAGCCUGGAGACAGACGUGAUCAACCAACAGCUGGAUGCUGUAAAGGCUUUCCAGAAAGAAGACAUUGAUCCAUUGCAGACGCAGCUCCAUGACAUCAACUCACUUGGGCAGGGCCUCAUCCAGAAUGCUGCGAAAGGCACCAGCACCAAAAAAAUUGAGGAUGACCUGGACGGCGUCAACUCUAAGUGGAAUACUCUCAAUAAGAAGGUUGCUGAGCGUUCAGCACAGUUGCAUGAAGCCUUGCUUCACUGCGGAAGAUUCCAGGAUGCUCUGGAGUCCCUUCUCAGCUGGUUGACCGAUACAGAAGAGCUUGUUGCUAACCAGAAGCCUCCUUCUGCUGAAUUCAAAGUGGUGAAGGCACAGAUUCAAGAGCAGAAACUCCUGCAGAGACUGCUGGACGACCGAAAGCCAACUGUGGAGCUCAUAAAAAAUGAGGGAGGAAAGGUUGCAGAACUGGCAGAGGCUGUGGACAAGGAAAAGAUCACCAAAGAGAUUGAAUGCUUGGGAGAGAGGUGGGACAAUUUGCUCAAGAAAGCUGAAAACAGGCAAAAGCAACUGGAAAGCAUCUUAGUGGUCACCCAGCAGUUUCAUGAGACUCUGGAGCCACUGACCGAGUGGCUCACGGCCACAGAGAAACAUCUGGCCAAUUCUGAGCCAAUUGGUACUGAGACAUCCAAGUUAGAGGAUCAGAUCACUCAGCAUAAGGGCUUAGAAGAGGAGAUUAUGGGUCACAGUAAAGACCUGUGUCAGGCGGUCAGUCUGGGGCAGAUGCUUAAAGCUGUGAGCUCUGUGGAAGAGAAGGAGUUCGUCCAGUCCAGACUGGACGCCACCCAGGCCAGUUACAUAGAGCUCCAGGGGCGAUGCAGGAGAAAAGCAGACAUGCUGCAGCAAGCUCUGGCCAACGCCCAGUUGUUUGGAGAGGACGAAGUGGCUCUCAUGAACUGGCUCGGCGAGGUGCACUCCAAGCUAGAGGAAGUUUCCGCGGCGGACUACAAACCUGACGUUCUUGAAAGGCAGUUGGCAGAACAGCGGACGCUGCAGAGUGAUAUUGAGUUAAGGAAGAAAAAUGUUGACCAAGCCAUCUCCAAUGGACUGGAGCUUCUGAAGCAAACAACAGGAGACGAGGUGGUCAUCAUCCAAGGCAAACUGGACGGAAUAAAAACAAAGUAUGCUGAAAUUAACUCCAUGAGUGACAAUGUUUUGAAGACGCUGGAGCAGGUUUUGAGUCUCUCCAAUAGGUUAGCGCACAUUCAUGAGGACCUGAACUCCUGGUUAGAGACAGCUGAGGCUGAGAUGAUGGAAUUUGCUGAUCAGGAGCCAAUGGGCGAACAUUUGAUUCAUUCACAAAACAGACAGAAAGCCUUACUGAAAGAGACUAAAGACCAAAAGCCUGUCUUGGAGAAGCUAAAUGAGCUCAGCAGUUCACUCCUGGACUUGAUCCCAUGGCACACCCGGGAGAGUUUGGACAAACUGGUGACUGAAGAUAAUGAGCGGUACAGAGUCGUUUGUGACACCAUCACACAGCAGGUCGACAAGAUCAACGCUGACAUCCUCAAGUCUCAGCAGUUUGAACAGGCUGCAGAUAAUGAACUCUCCUGGCUGGCUGACGCUGAGAGGAAGCUGCUGUCGAUGGGUGAGAUAAGGCUGGAGCACAACCAAACUACAGCCCAGCUCCAAGCACAGAAGAAUAUGUAUAUGGAUAUCAUGAAGCACAAAGAUGCUGUGGACGAGAUUGUAAAAACUGGACGAGCCAUCAUGAGCAGCAAAAACCCAGAAGAGAAAGAAGCCUUGAAGGCCAAGACCGAGAGUCUCUUGGAGAAAUACGGGAUUGUCAGUCAGCUGAAUUCGGAGCGCUAUCUCCAGCUGGAGCGAGCGCAGUCUCUGGCUGGGCAGUUUUGGGAGACCUACGAAGAAAUGUGGCCGUGGCUGCAAGAAACAUUGAGCGCCUUCAGCCAGCUGCCCCUGCCUGCUAUCGAAUAUGAAAUGCUCAGACAGCAACAGGAGGAGCUCAGGCAAAUGCGAGAGCUAAUUGCCGAGCACAAACCUCAUAUCGACAAGAUGAAUAAGACGGGUCCACAGUUGCUUGAACUGAGCCCCGUGGAGGGAGUUCCCAUCAGAGAGAAAUACACAACGGCCGACCAGCUAUACACCAAACUCAAGGCUGAUGUGAAGGAGAGAGCAGCCAGUUUGGAUGAAGCCAUCUCCAAAUCCACGCAGUUCCACGAUAAGAUUGAUCCCAUGCUGGAGUCCUUGGAGCGGAUUGCUGAACGCCUGCGCCAGCCUCCGUCCAUCUCUGUGGAAGUGGACAAGAUCAAGGAACAGAUUACUGAAAACAAGGCUGUUUCUGUGGAUCUGGAGAAACUGCAGCCAGUCUAUGAGACGCUGAAGCAGCGAGGUGAAGAGAUGAUUGCACGAGCCGAAGGAGCAGACAAGGACAUAUCUGCCAAAGCUGUCCAAGACAAACUGGACCACAUGGUGUUCCUGUGGAACGACAUCCAGGUCUUGCUGGAGGAGCGGGAAGCGAAGCUGCUGGAUGUGAUGGACCUGGCAGACAAGUUCUGGUGUGACCACUGCGCUCUCAUCGUCACUAUCAAAGACAGCCAGGACCUGCUGAGGGAGCUGGAGGAACCCGGAGUCGACCCCUCUGUUGUCAAGCAGCAGCAGGAAUUUGUUGAGGGCUUUAAGGAGGAAAUCGAUGGGCUUCAGGAGGAACUUGAUAUGGUUCAGAACCAGGGUGCAGAGCUUAUGACUGCUUGUGGAGAACCUGACAAACCUGUCAUAAAGAAAAGUGUGGAUGAGGUGAAUUUGGCAUGGGAGAAUCUCAACAAGACUUGGAAAGAACGAGUAGAGAGGCUGGACGAAGCCAUGCAGGCAGCUGUGCAGUUUCAGGAUGGCCUGCAGGGCAUGUUUGACUGGGUGGAUAUACUGGAAAACAAACUGGAUUCAAUGUCACCCGUAGGCACAGAUUUGGAGACAGUCAAGCAGCAGAUUGUUGAGCUCAAGGAGUUCAAAGGAGAGGCGUACCAGCUCCAGAUCGAAAUGGAGCGGUUGAACCACCAGGCCGGCCUCCUUCUGAAGAAGGUGACCGAGGAAGCCGAUCGCAGCGCCAUCCAGGAGCCAAUGUCUGAACUCAAAAUGCUCUGGGACAACCUGGAUGAGAAGAUCAUCAGCCGACAGCACAAACUGGAGGGGGGGCUGCUGGCACUGGGCCAGUUCCAGCAUGCACUGGAUGAGCUGCUGGCCUGGAUGAGCCACACGGAAGAGCUGCUCAACGAACAGAGAAAAGCGGCAGGAGACCCCAAAGCCAUCGAGAUAGAGCUCGCCAAGCAUCAUGUGCUCAAGAUAGAUGUGUUAGCCCACAAGGCGACCGUGGAGACGGUGAACAAGGCUGGUAAUGAGCUGGUGGAGUCCAGUGCCGGAGAGGAAGCCUCCAGUCUGCAGAGCAAACUGGAUAAUCUGAACCAGAGGUGGAAGGCCAUCCUGGAGAAGACGGACCAGAGGAAGCAACAGCUGGAAGCGUCUCUGCUUCAGGCCCAAGGUUUCCAUGGCGAGAUAGAAGAUAUGCAGCAAUGGCUGAAAGACACAGAACGUCAGCUGUUGGCAUCAAAGGCUGUGGGAGGUUUACCAGACACGGCGCGGGAGCAGCUUAACGCCCAUCUGGAGUUGUGUUCUACCUUUGAGGCCAAGGAGGAGCUUUAUAGGGAGCUGCUGAACAAAGGUGGCCAGCUGCUUGCCAUGUCGCCUCAGGGCCCGGACAGCAACACGGAGCAGGACCUCGCCAGCCUGAAGGAGAAAUGGGAAGCCGUGCAGGCAAAGGUCACUGAGAGGAAGGCAAAACUUGAAGAAGCUUUAACACUGGCCACAGAUUUCCACAACUCUCUUCAGGACUUCAUUGUUUGGCUAACGCAGGCCGAACAGACGCUGAACAUGGUUUCUCCUGCUUCCCUCAUCCUGGAGACCAUCAUGUUUCAAAUUGAUGAGCAUAAGAUGUUUGUGACCGAGGUGAACUCACACAGAGAGCACAUCAUCGAGCUGGACAAGGCGGGCACGCAUCUGAAGUACUUCAGCCAGAAACAGGACGUGGUGCUGAUCAAGAACCUCCUGCUCAGCGUGCAAGGCCGCUGGGAGAAGCUGGUGCAGAGGUCUGUGGAGCGAGGUCGCCUGCUGGAUGACGCCAGGAAGAGGGCGAAGCAGUUCCACGAAACCUUCAACAAACUCACAGAGUGGUUGGAUGAAUCCGAGAAGGCCCUGGACUCUGAAGUGGAAAUUGCCAAUGAUCCUGACAAAAUCAAGAUGCAGCUGACACAGCAUAAGGAGUUCCAGAAAGCUCUGGGUAGCAAACACUCUGUGUACGACACCACUGCUCGAACCGGACGGGCCCUGAAAGACAAAACUGCUCUUAAAGAUGAUAAGCAGAAAUUGGACGACAUGUUGAGCGAACUGAGAGAUAAGUGGGACACUGUUUGUGGAAAGUCAGUGGAAAGACAAAACAAGCUGGAGGAGGCCUUGCUGUUCUCGGGUCAGUUUACGGAUGCCCUCCAGGCACUCAUCGACUGGCUGUAUAAAGUGGAACCUCAGCUGGCUGAGGACCAGCCAGUACACGGAGACAUUGACCUGGUUCUCAAUCUGAUUGACAACCACAAGGUUUUCCAAAAGGAGCUGGGAAAGCGGACAGUGAGCGUUCAGGCUCUCAAGCGUUCUGCGAGAGAGCUGGUCGAAAACAGCCAUGAUGACUCCUCCUGGGUCAAAGUUCAGAUGCAGGAGCUUAGCACUCGCUGGGAUACUGUGUGCAACCUGUCUGUAUCAAAGCAGACUCGGCUGGAGCAGGCCUUAUGCCAGGCCGAGGAAUUUCACUCUACUGUUCAUAUCCUGCUGGAGUGGCUGGCUGAGGCCGAGCAGAGUCUACGUUUUCAUGGUAACCUCCCAGAUGAUGAGGAAGCUCUGCGAACGCUGAUUGAACAACACAAGGAGUUAAUUAAAAAGCUGGAAGAAAAGCGAGUUGCUCUGAACAAAGCGACCAGUAUGGGGGAGGCUAUUCUCAGCAUAUGCCAUCCAGACUCCAUCACAACCAUUAAGCACUGGAACACCAUCAUUAAGGCCAGGUUUGAAGAGGUGCAGGCCUGGGUCAGGCAGCACCAGCAGCGACUGGCCGUGGCGCUUACCGAGCUGCUGGCCACUCAGGAACUGCUGGAGAAUUUGCUGACCUGGCUGCAGUGGGCUGAGACCAACCUGAACAACAGGGACAAAGAGACACUGCCUCAGGAAAUUGAAGAAAUCAAAAGCCUCAUAGCAGAACACCAGACCUUCAUGGAGGAAAUGACCAGAAAGCAGCCAGAUGUUGACAAAAUCACUAAAACACAUAAAAGGAAGCCAGCUCUGGAGCCCCAAAUCCAGUCACACAUCCCUGUGCUAGACAAAGGACGAGCUGGAAGAAAACGCUCUCCCACACAAACUAUGUACGCAUCAACGACACAAGCUCCGAUUGAAACCAAGAACCCUCGAGUUAACCUGCUGGUUACGAAGUGGCAGCAUGUGUGGCUGCUGGCGUUGGACCGAAGAAGGAAACUCAACGACGCAUUGGACAGACAGGAGGAGUUAAAGGAAUUUGCAAACUUUGACUUUGAUGUGUGGAGGAAACGCUACAUGCGCUGGAUGAAUCAUAAAAAGUCUCGAGUCAUGGACUUCUUCCGCCGCAUUGACAAGGACCAGGAUGGCAAAGUGACCCGACAGGAGUUCAUCGAGGGAAUACUCUCAUCCAAAUUCCCGACCAGCCGCCUGGAGAUGAGCGCCGUGGCAGACAUAUUCGACAGAGACGGUGACGGUUACAUUGACUACUACGAGUUUGUGGCGGCUCUUCAUCCGAACAAAGAUGCCUACAAGCCGUUGACAGAUGCGGACAAAAUUGAAGAUGAGGUUACCCGUCAAGUCGCAAAAUGCAAAUGUCCAAAAAGAUUCCAAGUAGAGCAGAUUGGAGCAAAUAAAUACAGGUUCUACCUUGGAAAUCAGUUUGGUCUGGUUCACUGCUUACAUGACUCCCUAAUGGGCGAUGAGACAAUAGCAAACAGGGAAAAUCAAAAUCUUACCCACCACCUACACGUUGAGGUUUUGGAAAGCUGUAUUCUGUUUGGAGACUCUCAGCAGCUGCGUCUCGUGCGAAUUUUGCGCAGCACCGUAAUGGUGCGGGUGGGUGGAGGCUGGAUGGCUCUGGAUGAAUUCCUUGUGAAGAACGACCCCUGUCGAGUCCAUCACCACGGGAGCAAAAUGUUGCGCUCGGAAUCAAACUCUUCAAUUACUCAGUCUCCUAUAGGUUGGCAAAUCUCACACUUUCUCACCUUGCUCCAUGAACCCACUGGCGCUAAAGGCCGGACCAACAUGGAGCUCCGCGAGAAAUUCAUCCUCCCAGAGGGAGCAACACAAGUAAUGGCGAGCUUCCGCUACAGAGGCCGGAGGUCUCGGCCGUCGUCCAGAGGAGCCUCUCCCAACAGAUCCACCUCAAGUCAGAGCUGCGCAGUUCCAACAAACCCAGCUGCCACCAGCACUCCGAAGACUCAACACAUUGCCCGCAAUUAUGAUAAGCCAUGGCUUACAAACAGCAAACCCUCCACUCCUCUUAAAUCAUCAGACUCCUUUGAGAGCCAAGGUUCAUCCUCAGAGGGCACAGCAGUUCAAGGCAGCAAACUGCGUCUUCCAGGCUAUUUAUCCGGCAAAGGAUUUCAAUCAGGUGAAGAGGGAACCUUGAUCAACAAUGCUGUACUGAAAGCACGAGCACAGACAAUUGGAGAACCAAGAAGAAAUUCCAGCCGACCAGGAAGUAAAGCCGGCAGCAGAGGCAGCAGUCGCAGAGGGAGCGACGCCUCUGACUUUGACAUCUCAGACAUCCAGUCUGUGUGUUCAGACGUGUCGGAGACGGUCGGCGAUUCCGCGCGAGCAACUCUGCGCUCUGCGUCCCGCCAACAUGGAGGAAAACCAUCCAAGAUCCCUACUCCUCAAAGGAGAAUGGCUUCCAAAAGCAAACUGGCCAAAGGAUCAAAGCGAUAGUCAGUGGCCUUUGAAACAAUGACCCUGGAGCAAGUUGCACCCUAAAACAUAUACUGGACACUGUCGAUGUCUACCUUAAGAGACUGCAAAUUUGUUGAGUGUUAUUUAAUUUGUUGGGAAGAUGUAAAAUAUUCUGUUAAGAGGCAAUAUGGUUUAAUAUAGUGUGCGAAUGGAUUGUUGAUGGCCCUGUGUGUGUUGGUUUUUUAAUGUAUUUUAUUUUUUCUGAAACAAAUGUCAAAUUGUUUUUUAUUGUAUUUAAUUUUAUUUAUGCAAAUCCUGUAGAGGUUUGACAAACACUAAAAAAAAAUUAAGUAAAAAAUCUGGGAAUAACCAUGCUAAAUGGUAAAAUUAACUUUUCUUCACUCUAAUGAAGGGCAGAAAGCAGGAGAACGUUUUAAAAGUAACUGAAUGUACUGUAACUUAUGCCUGCUGAUGUUUUGGAGUAGUUGGUGCAAUAUCGUACCGCUUGAGGCACUGCAAAUAUCUAUUUAAGUGCUUUAUCAUACUGCCACCUUGCAUUUAAAAGGGCAAUGCAAUAUAAUACCUAAUCUCUAGUAAGCACUCCAGAAACCUUUGAAAACUCCUACAUGGGAGAAGUAGCAGAAGCCUUGUAAUCCUCACGCUUUUUGUUUGUUUGCCACAACAGCUCCUACUUAGUUUCCUCCACUUCGCAGCGAUGUGUGGCCUUGAUGAAGUGCCACUCCAUGUAGCCAUUCUGUGUGCAUUCAUGUCUAUGUAUGGUUCAUUUCGAUAGAGCUGAAAUUGUUAUUGUAAUGUUACUUUGUAAUAAAUCUGCUUGCAAAAAGCCACCGGAAACUGUUAA